CGCCUCCCGGUCGUCCUCCUCUCCUAAUGGACGGGCAGCAGAACAAGCGGCUGGCUCCCGUUCUCUGGGCUGAAAAGUGAAACAUUCCCGAACGGAACCAACACAAACACCGGGAUUAUCGAUGAUCUGCGGGAGAAAGGGUUCCGAACACCCGCGAACCAGAACCAGCGACCCGGUUCGGCCUCCGGUCCGCCCGAGUGUGUGUUACUGACACACACACACACACACACACACACGCUAGUGUUAGUGUUGUUGUUGUGUUGUGUUGUGUUGGCUCGGUCCAUCCCGCAGUGAUUCGGGCCUGUUUGGAUGGAUAUGUGACACACACACACACACACACUCAUACACACACACUCCGGGUUCUGGUUCUGGUUCUGGUCCGGGAUCACGAUGGAGAACCCGCAGAAAGCAGGUCCACUUCUCAGAGAUCUGACCCGAGCCUUCAGUCACUACAACAAACACAACCUCCUCCUGAAGAAGAACCUGAAGGAGACCAUCGCGUUCUUCAGGGAGAUCCGGCAGAACCACAGCAACACCUGCAGCACAUCUGGACCCGAACUGGACUCAGGCCAGCUGAGGUGCAUCUCGUUCCCGCGGCACGAUGAGGAUCACCUGCAGAAGGUCGUCGGCUGCGCCCCGUAUAUCCUCAUCCUGGGUCAGGACUGUUCGGCCCGAUACCAGCUACUGAACUGCAUGCUGGGAGAGAGGCUCCUCCCCCUGGGCUCGGAUGCGGGCGGGGCCUGUGGCGUUGAGGGCGGGUCUUGCCGGAGGAGGAAGUUGUGUUUUACGCACGGCCGCCAGACGCGGUUGAGUUUGGCGUUACCGGGACAGUAUGAGCUAGUGCAUCAGCUAGCGGCGCACUGUGGCCGCUGGGAUACGGUUCCCCGCGAGGACCUGGAGAUUCAGGAGUGCGAAGAUCCCGCGCAGCGAUUGGCCGAGCUGGAGAUCACGCUUCAUCACGCGCUUCUGCAGGAGGCGAAGAUCAUGGUUCUCCCGUGCCGUAACGUCCAGCCCGUGGAGGAGGCCCUGGAGGACUGCAGGCGCGGGAUCCUUCCCAUCAUCCUCUACGCCGUGAGCAAGGCCACACUGAGCGCGGAUCAGCUGAGCGAGCUCCAGAAGGUGCGCGAGACGCUGCCGUACCCCGUGUGCUUCGUCCGCAUCCCGACCGAACCCGCGCCGGACCCGCCGGGCCAGCGCUCCGCUCUGUUCGCGCAGCUCGUGUCUCAGGAGCUGAUCGGCGGCGCGGCGGGAAACUGCGCCUGCGGGGCUCCGGCUCAGACGCCCGGGAAGAUGCAAGGCAUUCUGGGAGAGGAUCUGGAGCGCCUGCACCGGGUCCUGGUGCCGUUCGCGAGGCAGGUUCUCCAGAGCCAGCAGGUGGAGGCGACGACGCUGCUGAACGCCGUGCACUGCCGCUGCCUCGACCUCUUCAUCAACCAGGCGUUCGACAUGCAGCGGGAUCUUCAGAUCACCCCGCGGCGCCUGGAGUACACCCGCGAGAAGGAGGGCGAGCUCUACUCCUCCCUCAUGGCCAUCGCCAACCGCAAGCAGGAGGAGAUGAAGGAGAUGAUCGUGGAGACGCUCGAGAGCAUGAAGGAGCAGCUGCUGGAGGACGCCGCCAACCUGGAGUUCACAGAUAUCAUCAUGACGUCUAACUCGGAGCCCAUGAGCUCUAAAGACAUCAAGGUGUGUAUCAGUCAGAUCCAGGACCUGAUCGUGAUCCGGCUGAACCAGGCGGUGGCGAACAAGCUGACGAGUUCGGUGGAUUACCUGCGCGAGAGCUUCGUGGGGACGCUGGAGAGGUGCCUGUGCAGCCUGGAGAAGUCCACCGGCGAGCCCUGCGCACACAACGUCACGUCCAACCACCUCAAGCAGAUCCUGAACGCGGCGUAUCACGUGGAGGUGACGUUCCACUCGGGCUCCUCCGUCACACGCCUCUUCUGGGAGCAGAUCAAACAGAUCAUCCAUCGGAUCUCGUGGGUCAAUCCGCCGUCCGUCACGAGCGAGUGGAAGCGCAAGGUCGCACAGGACGCCAUCGAGAGCCUCAGCGCCGCCAAACUGGCCAAGAGCAUCUGCUCCCAGUUCAGGACUCGCCUCAACAGCUCCCAUGAGGCCUUCGCCAGCUCCCUGAGACAGCUGGAGGAGGGUCACACGGGUCGUCUGGAGCGAACUGAAGACCUCUGGCUGCGGGUCAGGAAGGAUCACGCGCCGCGACUCGCACGACUGUCACUGGAGAGCCGAUCGCUGCGAGACAUUCUGCUGCACGGAAAGCCCAAGCUGGGCCGUGAGCUGGGCCGAGGUCAGUACGGUGUGGUGUAUCUGUGUGACAACUGGGCCGGACGUCACCCGUGUGCGCUGAAGUCUGUGGUUCCUCCUGACGACAAGCACUGGAACGACCUCGCGCUGGAGUUUCACUACACACGGUCUCUGCCUAAACACGAGCGGCUGGUGAAUCUUCACGGCUCGGUUAUCGAUCACUCGUACGGCGGCGGCUCCAGUAUCGCCGUUCUGCUCAUCAUGGAGCGACUGCACAGAGAUCUCUACACGGGCCUGAAGGCGGGUCUGGUUCUGAAGGAGCGUCUCCAGAUCGCUCUGGACGUGGUGGAGGGGAUCCGGUUCCUGCACGGUCAGGGUCUCUUGCACCGGGACAUCAAGCUGAAGAACGUUCUGCUGGAUAAACAGAACCGGGCCAAGAUCACGGACCUGGGCUUCUGUAAACCCGAGGCCAUGAUGUCCGGGAGCAUCGUCGGGACGCCCAUCCACAUGGCACCAGAACUCUUCACAGGAAAGUACGAUAACUCGGUGGACGUGUACGCCUUCGGGAUUCUCUUCUGGUAUCUGUGCACCGGCUCCGUCAAGCUCCCAGAAGCCUUCGAGAGAUGCUCCAGUAAAGACCAGCUGUGGACCAACGUCAAGAAAGGCUCCCGGCCGGAGCGCUUGGCCUCGUUCGAUGAGGAGUGCUGGCAGCUGAUGGAGGCCUGUUGGAACGGAGACCCUUCCCAGAGGCCUCUGCUGGGGAUCGUUCAGCCCAGUCUGCAAAGCAUCAUGGACCGCCUGUGCAACGACUCCGACCACAAGAGCGGCAACCUCGAGGACUCGAACUGACAUGUUUCCCUGUGUAUGAGUGUGCAAAAAAACGGACGAAUGUUUCUAUGCCUAUGAGCAAACAUGAUCACGUGUGUCAUAUUCAUGGUAGAUCCGGAGAGAUUUUACGUGUAGAGUGUGUGUUACCCAUGAACUGAAGCAGUCAUUUUUAGAUGUGUUUAAACUGGUUUACAUUAUUCCUUAGAUGACAUUUUUUAAUAAAAUGAUUUGACCAAUUCA